UUUGCGUUUCCUUCUAAAGCCUUGCUCUUUCAAUGAUCCUCUAUAUGUAUCGAAGGCAACGGCUAGAAAAAAUAAGAAAAGAAAACGAAAACGAAGGGAGAAAAGAUCUUCUGCAAGGCAAAGAUCUUGGAGGAUCCUCCAAAAUUCACGAAAUCCAGCUCUUGGAUAUCCAACAAUCUAUAGAAGAUCCUAUCCAACCAAUCAUGUCCAGUUCCAACUCCAAUGUUUCCUCGAACGAUUCCAAUCCCAGGAGGUGUGCGGCAUGCAGGUAUCUGAGAAGGAGAUGCGCUGGGGAUUGCAUCCUCUCUCCCUACUUCCCUGCAUCCAAUCCUCAAAGAUUCGCCUGCGUCCACAAAAUAUUUGGUGCCAGCAACGUGACCAGGAUGCUCCAGCAACUGCCGGUCCAGCAGCGGGCGCAGGCAGCCGAUGCCAUCUCAAUGGAAGCUUAUUGGCGGGUGCAAGACCCGGUGUACGGGAGCGUGGGGAUCAUAAACCUCCUUCAACACGAGAUCUACAUGAACCAGCACGAGCUUGCGAGGACACAAGCUCAGAUUGCCAUGUACACAGCUCAGCAGCAGCACCAGCAGCAACAGCAGGAGGCUCCGGCCAGCCAACCAGUUGAGGCCUCGAACAUCAACCCCCAACAACAGGAUCUUUUGGCUCCGGACAGAACCUUUCUCGACCUCAGCCAUUUUCCAGACUCUUUCUGAGGCUUGCCAUGGUGAAUGAAUGAAUAAGAUUACGUGGAAGAAGAGUUUGUGCAUGCCUCUUUUCUGUCUUUUUUUUAUUUUAUUAGUUCGGACUCAGGAAAGCCAAAAAGAUUGAAGCAAGCUGAAUUGUCUUGGUUGGGAGAAGUUGCAAUAAAACUGAUCUCUUUAGUUUUCUCGUCACUGCCUGGUCGAUGAAUAUGGGCAUGGCAUAAUCCUGUCAUUCCAUAUCUGACAUCAUGGGCCGAGUCACAUAAAUGAUUGGUAGCUGACAAUUGCAAUAUCUGAUGAAGAACAUCACAUGCGGUUUAAGCUUCCACGUUCUUGUCAUCAAGCACU